UUUGACAUCACUGUUACCUCAUUGGUGCCCUCUGCUGAGUAUCUGAUCAGAAAGAUACAGCUCAAAUCAAGUCUGACCCAGACACGAGAGGACGUCACCCACUGCUCUACACAGCCUGGCCUGAUCACGGAGUCCCUCUCAAUGCCAUGUCCCUCAUCUCCUUCAUCCAUCGUGUCCGCAAGGAGCACCCGGCCUCCCUGACCACACCCCUCCUGGUCCACUGCAGUGCCGGGGUGGGGAGGACUGGUACUUUCAUCCUCCUGGACGUGGCUAUGCAGCAGAUGAAGCGAGAGGGGACACUGAGUGUCUUCCAACACCUCAAGAAUAUGAGGACUCAGAGAAUGAAGCUGGUUCAGACCCAGGCUCAGUACGUCUUCAUCCAUGAUUCCCUGAGUGAACUCGUGGUGUGUGGAAAAACCGAUGUGGCCGCUGGUAAUAUCAGGAUCAGGAUGAUCCAGCUUCAGAAACCAGUACCUGGUGACCCAUCUGGUGUCAUUGGCUUCCAGAAACAGUUUGAGACCUUGGAGGAAGUUAGCUCUCAGUGCGAGGCCUCUUACCAGGAGGCAAAGGCCAAGUACAAUGCAGGGAAAAACAGGUUCCCUGACAAGCUACCGAAUGAGUUGGGUCGUGUGAGGCUGUGGUUUGGUCCCAAACCAGGUUCCGACUAUAUCAAUGCAUCAUUCAUUGACGGGUAUAAACAGCGGAAGGCCUACAUAGCCACCCAGGGACCGAUGGAAGGGACAGUGGCUGAUCUAUGGAGGAUGAUCUGGGAACACAACUGCAGCUGCAUCGUCAUGCUCUGUCAGACACAGGAGAAGGGACAAGUGAGCAGUCAUUGUUUCUGGCCAGAAGGGGAGAAAGAAGAAGCGGUGUACGGGAAGCUAAGGGUGAGGGUGAAGAGAGUGAGCCAUCACGGUGACAUAAUUGAGAGGAAGCUGGAAGUGGAGGACACGGAGGGGAGGGGCGGGGUUCAGAGGACUGCUGUGAGUCUCAUGCAGCUGAGCAGCUGGCCUCCCGGAGAGCUGCCUCACCCCACGGCCAUCUUGUCUCUGGUGGACCUGCUCACUAAGGCACAGAGGGGCAGCCCCGGCAGACACACUGUUGUCAUGUGCAGUGAUGGAGUAGGAAGGACGGGGACGUUCAUCUGUAUCCACUCCCAACUGGAGAGACUCAAGACUGAGGGCGUGGUCGAUUUCUUCCAGGCUGCAAAAUCCGCUCGCAUCCAACGAGCAGGCCUCGUCCCAGAUGCUGCUCACUACGCCCUCUGCCAUGACGUGGUCACCACCUACAUGGACAGUUUCGAGACUUAUGCCAACUUCAAAGAAGUUGUGUAACCGCAAAGAUAAUAACCUCUUCAUUGUAGUUUAGUCGUUGAGAAAAAACAGCCACCAUUAGUAUGUGAUUGUGAAAUGAAG